UACACAAAAAUGGUUCCUACUUAGUUUUGAUUCGGAAAGCAAAGUGUUUCGCAACUUUAAAUGUGCCAUUUUCGCAACAAUGAGGGGCUAAACUGGUAAAGUGGCGAGAGCUCCAAAAAUGGAGGCGUGUGCUGAAUCUGGACGCAGACUGCGCUCCGUCUGUAGGAGAAUGUACGACGAAAACGAAGAUCUGUCCGAUGUGGAGGAUAUUGCAAAUAUCAGAGGCUUUAACUUGGAAGAAAAACUUACAAGCGAGUCGUAUAACGCAGACUUCGUCAGGAUGAUGGAUGGCAAAGAUUUUACCUACGAAUAUGUGCAGAGAGAGGCGCUCAGAAUCCCCCUCAUUUUUAAAACAAGAGACGGUCUGGGAAUCAGAAUGCCAGAUCCGGAUUUUACUGUCAGCGAGGUUAAAGGCCUGGUUGGCAGCCGGCGGGCAGUAGACGUGAUGGAUGUGAGCACUCAAAAGGGCUCAGAAAUGAGCAUGGCACAGUUUGUCCGCUACUACGAGACACCUGAGGCGGAACGCGACAAACUCUUCAAUGUCAUCAGUCUGGAGUUCAGCCACACCAAGCUGGAGAACCUCAUCAAGAGGCCAACAGUGGUGGACCUGGUCGAUUGGGUAGAUAACGUUUGGCCUCCCCACCUGAAAGAGAGACAAACAGAAGCCACUAAUGUCAUCUCAGAGAUGAAAUAUCCCAAAGUCCAAAAGUACUGCCUGAUGAGCGUGAAGGGCUGCUACACUGACUUCCAUAUUGACUUCGGGGGCACAUCUGUGUGGUACCAUGUCCACAAAGGAAGGAAGGUGUUCUGGCUGAUACCCCCAAUCCCCAAAAAUCUGUCCCUCUAUGAAGACUGGGUGCUCUCGGGCAAACAGAGUGAUAUCUUCCUGGGCGACCGUGCUGACGGCUGCCAGAGGGUGGAGUUGCAGCAGGGCUACACCUUCUUCAUCCCCUCAGGUUGGAUCCAUGCGGUCUACACCCCUGAGGACACCCUGGUGUUUGGUGGCAACAUCUUGCACAGCUUUAACAUUCCCAUGCAGCUGACCGUCUACGAGAUAGAGAACCGAACAAAGGUCCGUGCCAAGUUCCGCUACCCGUUCUUCUAUGAGAUGUGCUGGUAUGUCCUGGAGAGAUACGUGCACUGCUUGACUAAACGCUCCCAUCUAAGCGACGAUUUCCGAAGGGAGUCUAUGUUAAUUGACACAGAGAGGAAACUGAGCACUGAGAGCUUCUCCUCUGACUCCCGGCUCGACAUGGAAGAGGAGUCGUAUGAGACCCAGACUUUGGGAGAGUGCACCGAGAAAACCGACGGGACUGGCCAACACUCCCCCGACGGCACAUGCUCGCCCACCACCAAUGGCAGGGGGCUGAAACCGCGGCCACCAAAGCAAGCCCAUACCGAUGACUCAGAUGACAGUGUGAGGCCCACCUCAGCUUACCCAGCGGAUCUCCCCAAAACUCCCAUUGGCUCACCCAUAUCGGAACCCCCCAGCAAGUGGACACAUUUAACGGAGUUUGAGCUGAAGGGCUUGAAGGCCUUGGUGGAAAAGCUGGAGUCACUUCCUGAAAGCAAAAAGUGUGUUCCAGAAGGCAUCGAGGAUCCCCAGGCACUGCUGGAAGACAUGAAGAUGGUCCUGAAGGAGCACGCAGAUGAUGACCCCAAGCUGGCUGUCACUGGGGUGCCUGUUGUCAGCUGGCCCAAGAAGUCCACUAAGCAGCGGCCUCCCAAUCGGCCCAAGACAAAAAUGGGGGCUCCGUCAACAGCAGGCAGUGUCAAGCUGUCUGUGGGCCGCGGUACGUCGGGGGCAAGGCGGCGGAGGACCCGCUGCCGGCGCUGCGAAGCCUGUCUGCGAACCGAAUGUGGCGAGUGCCACUUUUGUAAGGACAUGAAAAAGUUUGGUGGUCCAGGGCGUAUGAAGCAGUCCUGCAUCAUGAGGCAGUGCAUCGCGCCCGUAUUGCCACACACCGCCGUGUGCCUCGUCUGCGGGGAAGCCGGGAAGGAGGACACGGUGGAGGAAGAGGAGAAGUUCAAUGUCAUGCUCAUGGAGUGCUCCAUCUGUAAUGAGAUAGUGCACCCGGGUUGCCUGAAGGUGAAAGAUACAGGAGGAGUUGUGAACGAGGAGCUGCCCAACUGCUGGGAAUGUCCAAAGUGUAAUCAUGCUGGGAAGACUGGGAAAGCCUAUAAGCAAAAAAGAGGACCAGGGUUCAAGUAUGCCUCCAAUCUCCCUGGCUCCCUGCUGAAGGAGCAGCGUGUGAACCGCGAGGUCAAGGAGGAGGCUGAUCCAGCCUGCGGCACCGUCAAGAGAAAGGCUGAACGAGAGGACACCCCCAAGAAACGCCCCUCCUUCCCACCCCUCCAGCCCCUUCAACCCCUCCAAGCCAUCCAACCCGUACCCUCUGUCGAUGAGCAGCAGCCUCGCCUGAAACCUGAGGACAGCUCACUCCGUAAGAAGAGGAAGCUCUUCGAGAAGGACUCGGAUGAACCUGAUGACAGGAAAAAGCGAAAGGUGUCCAAGUCCGACGAGCUCCCAGUCCCCCGGCUGCUGCGAGAGAUCAAGACCGAGAAGGAGGAAGACUCUCCACGGGAGGAGGGUGACGAAGAGCAGGAUGACCGAGAGGACAAGAGGGAGCAAGUGGAGGAGUGUGAGGAGGAGGACCAGGAGGAGGAAGAAGAGGUUGAGGAACAGGAGGAAGCUGGGGACCACCCUGCAAGCCUCCUCUCUGUUGCCCCAGCUGUCCGAGAGAGCGAUCACUCACGCUCCAGCUCCCCACGAGCAGGGCCCAGCAGCGAGGGUGGCACCGAGUCCCAGGAUAAGAGCCGGCUUCGCGCGUGGCGCAAGCGCAGGACGCCCAACAAGGAGCUUAGCAAGGAGCUCAGCAAGGAGCUCAACCAGGAGAUCCAGAAGACGGAGGACUGCCUGGCCAAUGAGGAGAGACGGGUGCUCAAGUCGGAGCCUGAGAGUGAGGGUGAAGAGGCCAAGCGGCCACUUGACAAUGGUGGCGAGCUUCCUGAAGAUCGGCUUCGCCCCGUGGCCCGUGAGGUUAAUGGGGGCCCACGGGGGCUACGGCACAACCACUAUCCCUCGCAACCGCUGUCCCCGCUGGGCUGGAGCCGGAGCCCCCCAAGCACGCCCACCGGAGGUCGCCCGCCCCUCUGCCGCUCGCCACCACGGUGCGUGCAGAUGGAGCGACAUGUAAUCCGACCGCCUCCAAUCAGCCCUCCCCCUGACCGCCUGCCGUUGGAGAAUGGCCAGAACCACGUAAUGCGGCGUGAGGUGUGGAUGGCCGUGUUCAGGCACCUUUCGCACAAGGAGCUCUGUGUCUGCAUGCGUGUCUGCAAGACCUGGAACAGAUGGUGCUGCGACAAGAGACUGUGGACCAGAAUAGACCUGAACCGCUGCAAGUCCAUCACACCACUCAUGCUGAGUGGCAUCAUCCGGCGGCAGCCAGUCUCAUUGGACCUGAGCUGGACCAACAUCUCCAAGAAGCAGCUUAGUUGGCUCAUCAACCGGCUGCCCGGUCUGAGAGUGCUGCACCUGUCUGGCUGCUCCUGGGUGGCUGUCUCAGCCCUCUGUACCUCCAGCUGCCCUCUGCUGCGCACCUUGGAUGUGCAGUGGGUUGAAGGGUUGAAGGACCCCCAGAUGAGGGACUUGCUGUCACCCCCUACUGACAACAGACCAGGUCAGAUAGACAACCGGAGCAAGUUGCGUAAUGUGGUGGACCUGCGGCUGGCGGGUCUCGACAUCACCGAUGCCUCUCUUCGCCUCGUCAUCCGCCACAUGCCCCUGCUCUCUCGGCUUGACCUCAGCUACUGCAACCACAUCACGGACCAGUCAGUGAACAUCUUGACCGCAGCAGGAACCCCAACACGGGACUCGCUCACCGAAAUCAAUCUGUCAGUCUGCAACAGAGUCACAGACCAGUCGCUGACCUAUUUCAAGCGCUGCGGAAGCAUAUGUCACAUCGACCUACGCUUCUGCAAGCAGGUGACCAGGGAGGGCUGUGAGCGCUUCAUAGCAGAGAUGUCGGUCAGUGUACAGUUCGGACUUUCAGAGGAAAAACUGCUGCAGAAGCUUAGCUAGUCCGUUCCAGAGGUCCGGAUGCACUAAAGACGAAGCGCACACCGGAGACUGUUGUCCCUGAAGACCCAGCGGAACGCGUACUGUCGGGUUUUUUUUUUUUUUUUCUUUUUUUUUUCUUUUUACAUGGGGAUCUUUUUUAUUUUUUUUUUUUUUUGUCGCAGAAAAUGCAUCGGACAGAACUGUCAAACUCUUGUCAAAAUGUGUCGGGCAAAAUUGAGCCAAAUCAAAGAACUCAGCGUUUGGAUGCAGGUGUUUUGAAGUUGGUGCAUUGAUCCCCAAGAGAUACUCUGGGAACCGGGUAUCAAUGUUUGUGCUGCUGAUGCUGAAAUGUGGUCUUCUUGGUGUACCGGAGACUGGACCUGGUUCUGAGAGGAGAAGCACUCCAGGGGAAAAAGCAUGUUUUUCAUUUCCUUUGUGUUAUAUUCCUACCAACCCUUUAAAUUGCUAUCUUGUCUCAAAAAAGCCACAUUGUGUUUGAGAAACAAAAAAUGGCCAGAGAUGGUCCACUUUUUUCCUCUUAACUUUGUUUACCAAGUGUUUUUGUUUUUUUUAACAAUGCAAACCUCAUGCAUUAUUCAGAAAUAUUUUUGUAUCAGAAAGUGUUUCGAACUCUGUAUGCAGUAUUGAACGCACUCCGUUGUAUUUUCUUUAUUUUUUUUUUUUUUUUUUGAUUUGACAAUAUUCAAUCUGCAUAAUUUUCUUUGGAUUGAGUUUUAAAUUGUACUUAAGAUUAAUGCCUGUACUAGGUGGUCCCCAUGGAGGUGUUAAUAUGUUUAAUUUAUGACGUGGUGUUUUAUCUGACGUGGGUAUUCCGACUUGUCAGUACAGAGGUACUUAACCUUUUUCAUAUGACUAUGUAUUAUUAUUCAGUCUAUUUCAAUGUGUUUAUACCUGGGAAUUCUGGGAAAAAUACAGUUUGCACUGUUUGACAUGAAUAAAUAUAGCUAUUUUUUCCAAUGUUUAUCAGACAUUUAUAUGUGGAGGUGCGAUGGGAUGUUAAUGGGAGCCGUGCUCAUGCAGAAACAUUGUGUACAGCUGCUCUUUGCUCUACAAAGUAUCUCGGUUGCAGUGAUGUUCUCUGCAUGGACAGUCGGGCAGAGAUGGUUCAAGGUCAGGGGACAGAGUACACUGUUUAGUCUUGCAUGCUCUUCAACAUGGGAGAUCAUGGCAACCCUGAGGAAUGUUAACUAUUAAAAUGUGAAGUAUAAUGUGCUGAUGAAUAUGUUAAAAGGAAUAUAUCUUUGUUUGGGGGGGGGAAAAAGGGAAACAUGCGUAUCAUCAUGUGGUGAUACCACCUGCAUAGGUUAAAAUAUACAUAUUUUGGCAUAUUAAAUAAUUGGUUCUAAUGACAUUUGAGGACAAUUUUGUCACCUCUCCUAAAAGAAACAUGUUUCUCUGAAGAUGAUCUAGACACAACUGAGCAAUAACAUGCUAUAAACCAGCACAUGCUCGACUAGUAACCACAUCCGUUUUGCCCCAAAAAUGUUCGGCUAUAAAAUGACUAUAACCUAAAGCAUUUUGUUUUAUUUUUUUUUCCUGUUUUACCUUUUGAAACACUAAGGUUUUUGUCGAAAGCUUUGCGUACUCAUACGAGCGGAGUGAUAUGCAGUUUUAUAUUUAAACAACCUCUACUUUUCUAUACACAAUGGUUAUUUAAGCAGUGGUUCCCUGAAUAUUCACCACUCUGUGUCAAAGUAAUUCUUGCUUCGAUGCAUCAAUCAUAUUUCAGGGCGAGAGUUACCUAUGUACAUCAUUAGUGAAAUGUGACCUGCGGGACGCUCGUAUCCAGGGCCGAUGUGAGGUGUGUCUGACUGUCUCCCUAGAACAAGGAGCCCGAAACGAGAGCAGAUCGUGCGCGUGACAACCCUGCCGCCAAAGUGUGGUCGAGCGUCCGGGUGAGAGUACUGGUUACGCGGAGGAGGUGCGCACCUCGGAUUUGCGAACCGGCACGGGCCCCGUUCUUCUCACUUCCUGCGGUCCGGUCCCCCCACCCUUGGAUCGGGUGGCCCGAAGCUCUCGGCUCACUCUGAGUACGAUGGGUGUAAUGCUGGCAACGCGGUGGAGCGGCUGAACUGAACGCCCUUCUCUUGGGAACAUCACUUCUCUUCAUCGUGUGAAGAACUCUGCAGGAAGGGCUGAGAUCCAACCAGCACUCAUUCUUUUUAACCCAUCUGAAGGAUGUACAAAUGGAGAUUUCCGUACCGUUUCGGGAAAACGGAAGUGCAGCGUGAUCCGCUUUGCAGUAACGCUGCAAGAGCGUGGUGCCAUCGUGGAAAGCGUCACGUUGAGGUCCUGCCUCGCCUCGCCUCGCCCCGCAGCUCUUCACAGGGGGCAGGAAUGCGGAGCUGCUGGACCAGCAGCUGAAGGAGAAGAGUGCAAAGGCCGCCGUCUCAUGGUUUCUUUUCAACAAGCAGCCUCUUCCGUUGCAUGUUGCCACUGAAAGGUGUGUUUUAUUUGUAUUUAUGGUGACUGUAUCAACUGUGAGAAUGAG